AUGAAGUCUUCAGGAGGGGCUGCCUGUGCCCGGCUCAUGCUUUGCCCCUCGCAGCUGUGCAGCAGCCCCGGGCUGCUGACUCUGGAGCUCCGGUCGCUGAUCCCAGGUGGUCCUGGCGUGGCUGAACUGCUGGAUUUCGAGACGGAAGAAGUGCGGCUGGGUCGCCGCGGGCCGGCGUUUUAUGAGAUGCCAGCUGGCGUGAGGCUCGCCGUGGACAAAGAAGGAGGUCCUGCGUUACUGCUUGACGGAAGGCCGGAGGACGUGUCAGCGGCUGGCCGCCGACGCCGUCAGCUCUGCGUGGAGCUUGCGCCGGAGGAGGUGCUCACGGAUGUGACGCUCGAGGUGCAGGCUCUCUCGGGCGCGCGGCGCCUGCUUUGCAUGCUGUGCUUGGCAGCCCUGGGUCCUUUGGGCGACUGUGUGGUGGCGUACCACCUGCACUUUGGGCCAAGGUGCAGCCUGGCCUUGGUCUGCGACUUUGAGCCCCGGCGCCACGGUGUACGGCUGCGCCCCGAGGCCCAGAUGGUGCUGAAUGCACCUGCGCUCCAAGCACCGGGUAAAGAGCAGAAGGAGAUGUCAGUGAAGGAGGAGCUGAAAGAGGAGCAGAGCCGCAGGCACGCGAAGCCAGAAUGA